AGCGCGUGCCAGCGGGCGGCCGGGGCGGCUCCGGGGCUCGGGUCCUGUGGCGGCGCCUGCAGCGCGGAUCCCCCACUUCCCUCUCCCCGGGCCGGGCCUCAGGGACGGACGAACCCUGGCGCGGGAGGAGGCGGCGGCCCGGCUCCGGUCCUGCGACCCCCGCACCGCGCCCCUCCUUCUCUCAGGGUGCCCCCCGAGGAGUCUGGGCCCCCCGCCGCGGCCCCGCCCCUGCCGCGAGGCCCCGCCCCCCGCGACCAGCGCUGGCCCCGCCCCCCGGCCAGGGCCGUCGAGCGUCCCAGCCGUGCGGCUCACGUCGCGCCGCGCCGGGGGGCGCCCAGCCGCGGCGCCAUGGCCUCGGAGUCAGUGAAGGUGGUGGUGCGCUGCCGGCCCAUGAAUCAGCGGGAGCGGGAGCUGAACUGCCAGCCCGUGGUGACGGUGGACUCCGCGCGUGGCCAGUGCUUCAUCCAGAACCCGGGCGCUGCCGACGAGCCCCCCAAGCAGUUCACCUUCGACGGCGCCUACCACAUGGACCACUUCACCGAGCAGAUCUACAACGAGAUCGCCUACCCGCUGGUGGAGGGUGUCACUGAGGGCUACAAUGGCACCAUCUUCGCCUAUGGCCAGACGGGCAGCGGGAAGUCCUUCACCAUGCAGGGCCUGCCGGACCCGUCCUCGCAGAGAGGCAUCAUCCCCAGGGCCUUCGAGCACGUUUUUGAGAGCGUCCAGUGUGCAGAGAAUACCAAGUUCCUGGUCCGGGCCUCCUACCUGGAGAUCUACAAUGAAGAUGUCCGUGACCUGCUGGGGGCCGAGAGCAAGCAGAAACUGGAGCUGAAGGAGCACCCGGAGAAGGGGGUGUACGUGAAGGGGCUCUCCAUGCACACGGUGCACAACAUGGCCCAGUGUGAGCGCAUCAUGGAGGCGGGCUGGAAGAACCGCUCGGUGGGCUACACGCUGAUGAACAAGGACUCCUCGCGCUCCCACUCCAUUUUCACCAUCAGCAUCGAGAUCUACGCUGUGGACGAGCGGGGCAAGGACCACCUCCGGGCAGGCAAGCUGAACCUGGUGGACCUGGCGGGCAGCGAGCGGCAGUCCAAGACGGGUGCCACGGGGGAGCGGCUCAAGGAGGCCACCAAGAUCAACCUGUCGCUGUCGGCGCUGGGCAACGUCAUCUCGGCCUUGGUGGAUGGGCGGUGUAAACACAUCCCCUACCGGGACUCGAAGCUGACUCGGCUGCUGCAGGACUCGCUGGGGGGCAACACGAAGACGCUGAUGGUGGCCUGCCUGUCACCUGCAGACAACAACUACGACGAGACGCUCAGCACGCUGCGCUACGCCAACCGGGCCAAGAACAUCAGGAACAAGCCACGCAUCAAUGAGGACCCCAAGGAUGCCCUCCUGCGCGAGUACCAGCAGGAGAUCAAGAAGCUCAAGGCGAUUCUGGCCCAGCAGAUGAGCCCCGACAACCUGUCAGCCCUGCUGUCCAGUCAGGUACCCCUAAACCCUGUCCAGAUCGAGGAGAAGCUGGUGCCCCCAUCUGUGAUCCAGCCUGACACAGAGGCCGAGAAGCAGCUGAUUCGGGAGGAGUACGAGGAGCGCCUGGCCCGGCUGAGGGCCGACUACGAGGCGGAGCAGGAGUCCAGGGCCCGGCUGGAGGAGGACAUCACUGCCAUGCGCAACUCGUAUGACGUGAAGCUGUCCGCGCUGGAGGAAAACCUGCGAAAGGAGACAGAGGCUGUCCUGAAGGCGGGGGUCCUCAAGGCCCAGGGCACGUCCAGGGCUGAGUUUGCCAACAUGUCUGAGGACUCACCCACGUUCCACUACGAGACGGCCGUGAAACCCGAGGUCUACUCCCUGCCGCGCACUCUGCCCGGCGAGCACGUCUCCAGGACUGAGAUUUCUCCCAGCUUCGAGGAGCUGCCCGAGGCGGAGACCUCCAAGUCUGACAUGUCUCUGGGGUCUGACAAGUCUUUCGCACUCGAGGAAACCUCCGUGUCCGAGGCCUUCCUGGGGCCUCGGGAGCCCUCCGACCUGGAGUUCUUCAUGCCCAAGGUGGAGGCCAAGGGCAGAUGUUCCCCAGACGAGUAUCUCAGCCAGGAGGCCGCGGGGCCCCUGCUGCAGGAGGGGUGCGUCCCCGAGGAAGAGGAACCACAGCGGAUCGCCCUGGAGCUGUUACCAGGCCUGCACGACCCAUUUGCCGAGGUGGAAGCCAAGCUGGCCAGGCUGUCCUCCGCCGUGGUGGCAGCCGAGGUGCCCCUGGCAGACGUACCCAAGGUCCCCGCACAGCACCCCUCCCUGACGGAUCUGCUGGGGCCUGGGCAUGGUGACAUUAGGUCUGAAGCUGAGACAGCUGACUACCUCCUGUUCAAGACUGAAGCACAAAAGGCCACAGGGAGUGAGGGGAAGGCUUUAAGUCUGCCCACAUGUGUGGAGAGAGAAAACUAUCUGCCAGCCUCUGGACAGGAUCACUGGGAGGUUGGCCAGGGUCCAGAAAUGGCCGAGGAGGUGGUGUCGGCAGCAGAGCCUGGCGUAGGGGCCGAGGCUGAGGCCUGGGGGGCCUUGGAGGCUCAGCCUCAGCCCUCGCUGGUCAUGACGAGCGUGAGAAGGGACAGUGGGGGCAUGGAGGUGGCGGUGCUGACCGACGACCUGCUGCCCGCCGUGGACCAGCAGCAGGUGCUUGCCCGUUUGCAGCUGUUGGAGCAGCAGGUGGUCGGCGGGGAGCAGGCCAAGAACAAGGACCUGAAGGAGAGGCACAAGCGGAGGAAGCGGUAUGCGGACGAGCGCAAAAGGCAGCUGGUGGCAGCCUUGCAGAACUCGGAUGAGGACGGCGGGGACUGGGUGCUGCUCAACGUCUACGACUCCAUCCAGGAGGAGGUGCGCGCCAAGAGCAAGCUGCUGGAGAAGAUCCAGAGGAAGCUUCGGGCGGCGGAGGUGGAAAUCAAGGACCUGCAGUCGGAGUUCGAGCUGGAAAAGAUCGAUUACCUGGCCACCAUCCGCCGGCAGGAGCGGGACUUCUUGCUCCUCCAGCAGCUCCUGGAACAGGUGCAGCCUCUCAUCCGCCGCGACUGCAACUACAGCAACCUGGAGAAGAUCCGGCGCGAGUCCUGCUGGGAUGAGGACAACGGCUUCUGGAAGAUCCCUGAGCCCAUCAUCAUAAAAACCAGCCUCCCAGUAGCAGUUCCAACAGGGCCACAGAACAAGGUUGUCCGCAAAACCUCUGCCACAGACAACGGUGAAGCAGGCAUGGAGGAAGACCGCUACAAGCUGAUGCUCAGUCGCAGCGACAGUGAAAACAUUGCCAGUAACUACUUCCGGUCCAAGCGAGCCAGCCAGAUCCUCAGCACGGAUCUCAUGAAGAGCCUCGCGCAUCACAGCUCUCCCCCCGGCCUCAGCUCCCCACUCAACAACACCGCGGCCAUCAUGCCCACCCAGGCCCCCGAAAUGCCCCAGCCCCGGCCCUUCCGCCUUGAGUCCCUCGACAUCCCCUUCACCAAGGUCAAGCGUAAGAAAAGCAAAAGCAGCUUCGGCAGUGAGCCUCUGUGAACUUGGCCUCCUGCUGCUGCCCUGCCUUUGAGCUUCCCGGAGACUGCCAGGCCCUCCCAGGGCAGCCCCAGCCAGGCCUCCUCCCACCUGCCCCCACGGUGUCCGGGAGCCCAGGGGGCCCCUUGCCCUGGGAAGAGCUUUCCCUUCCCUGUUACCCAGAGAGCCUCCUCUGCCCAGACCAUGAGCACUUGGGAGGCUGGGCCACCCCCGCAGAGGUGCAUUCGGGCUGUCCACGCCUCGCCAGUGUUCCACCUGCCACAGCCUGCCAGUGUUCCUCCUUGCCUCGAUGGGCUCAGAAACCUCAAGGCUUUCACCAGCAGCCCCGACAGAGUGGGGAGCCACUUCCGCAUGGAUCAAGGACAGUGUGUUGGAGAUGGACGAUGGUGCCUCCUCCCCUUGCCUUCCUGGGGGGAAGCUGGGCAGCAUGGGCACGGAAGUCCUGGGGCAGCUGUGCCACGCUGCCCUCUCCCGGCCGGUCUGUGGCCUAGAGGACGCUGCCCCGCAUGAAGCUGCCCCAAUAAACUGCCUUUUACCGAUGA